AUGGACACUUGCCAUGAAGAGCGGCAGGGCCAGGGCCUCUUGGGUGCCAGCGGGCGCGCGGGGCCGAUACUCACAAACAAAACCCGCGGCAAAUUGCUGGCAGCCCAUCCUGAAGGCGGCAGCCGCUUGGCAGAGGAGCCACGGAGGACCGGCUGGGAGCAGGCGGCCAGCGCAGCACAGCUCCUCAGUGUCACCCAGAUUAUAUCCACCCUCCUCAUUCUGGCCACGAAGCCCUUACCCCAAAUCCCAGCCCUUCGGCUGGAGGAACAGGUCAUGAGCCCCAUCUUCAGUGACCCCGUUCACAGGGUUCUGGCCAUUCUGCCCUUGGCUCUGGAGCUCCCUUCCUCCAUUGGGUCAAGGAAGCACGCCCAGCGGGCCAGGCUCAGGGUGGGUGGAGUGUCACCGGCUGGGCUGGAGGAGGAAGUUGUUGGGAAGUCAGAACGGAAUUGCCGUGAGGGGAGGCCAGGCAGGGCCGGGCCCAGAUGGUUCCUGUUGAGGAAGCAGUGGGCACAGCUGCACGGCUGCUCCCUGGCCGGCCGCACUAUCACGGUGACACAGCUGGCUGCCUCGCCGCAGGCUGCAGGCGACCUCCCCCACCGGCGCCUCCCCAGGCCCGCCCUGCAUCACAUGAGCCCCUGCGGCCGCCCGCCCCUUCCCCAGGCGGCUGCAAGAAGGCCUGAAGCAGUCUGGGGGACAGAGACCUCCAGUUCAGAGGAGCCCAGGCUGGCCGAGGCCUGCUUCUUUCCCUCGAGGGCCCACGAGGUUGAGAGGGGCAUUGAGCGUGAGGCUCACCAGGCUCCACACCGCUGCCCACCACAGGGCUGCCCACCUCCCACCUCAGCAGGAUUCAGAUUCCUGAACCCACCCUCUGGCUCCAUGUCCCGGGCGUCCCCCGUGCUGGACAGUGGGCCCUCGGCAUCCACCAGCUGUUCAACACCCCGGGGUCCCAGGAAGGGCGGUCCAGCAGACAGAAAGGAGAAGGCCACCGCGAUGCCCGACUCCCCAGCUGAGGUGAAGACGCAGCCCCGGGCCACGCCCCCCAGCAUGCCACCCCCACCACCUGCCGCAUCCCAGGGGGCCACACGACACCCCUCCUUCACACCCCACACAAUGAUGAACGGCAGCAGCCACUCGCCCACGGCCAUCAGCGGCGCCCCGUCCACGCCCAACGGCUUCAGCAAUGGCCCGGCCACCUCAUGCACGGCCGCACUGUCCACACAGCAGCUGCCCCCAGCCUGUGGGGCCCGGCAGCUCAGCAAGCUCAAGCGCUUCCUGGCCACCCUGCAGCAGUUCGGCAGCGACAUCUCCCCAGAGAUCGGGGAGCGUGUGCGCACGCUGGUGCUGGGGCUCGUGAACUCCACGCUGACCAUCGAGGAGUUUCACUCCAAGCUCCAGGAGGCCACCAACUUCCCACUACGGCCAUUUGUCAUCCCUUUCCUGAAGGCUAACCUGCCCCUGCUGCAGCGGGAGCUCCUGCACUGCGCCCGCCUGGCCAAGCAGAGCCCUGCACAGUACCUGGCCCAGCACGAGCAAGCCCUGCUGGAUGCUGACGCCUCUUCCCCUGUCGACUCCUCGGAGCUCCUGCUGGAGGUUAACGACAACGGCAAGCGGAGGACCCCUGACAGGACCAAAGAGAAUGGGUCAGACCGGGACCCACUGCACCCAGACCACCUCAGCAAACGGCCAUGCACUCUGAGCCCCGCCCAGCGCUACAGCCCCAGCAACGGGCUGCCCCACCCGCCACCUCCCCCACACUACCGCCUGGAGGACAUGGCCAUGGCCCACCACUUCCGGGACUCCUACCGCCACCUUGACCCUCGGGAGCUACGGGAGCGCCAUCGGCAGCUGGCAAUGCAUGGAUCCCGGAAUGAAGAAGUGAUUGACCACAGGCUCACGGAGCGCGAGUGGGCGGAAGAGUGGAAGCACCUCAAUAACCUCCUAAACUGCAUCAUGGACAUGGCCGAGAAGACGCGGCGGUCGCUGACUGUGCUGCGCCGCUGCCAGGAGGCUGACCGCGAGGAGCUCAACCACUGGAUCCGGCGCUGCAGCGAUGCGGCAGAGGACAGCAAGAAGGGCCCUGGGCCGACCGCCCGGCCCCUCGGCAGCUCCACAGGCACAGAGGGCGCUCAGCUAGACGUCCACCGGGAGUUCAUGCCUCGGACCCUGUCUGGCUACAUGCCCGAGGAGAUCUGGAGAAAGGCGGAGGAGGCGGUGAACGAGGUGAAGCGGCAGGCAAUGUCAGAGCUGCAGAAAGCCGUGUCUGACGCUGAGCGCAAGGCCCAUGAGCUCAUCAGCACAGAGCGGGCCAAGAUGGAGCGGGCCCUGGCCGAGGCACGGCGGCAGGCCUCCGAGGACGCCCUCACUGUGGUCAACCAGCAGGAGGACUCUAGCGAGAGCUGCUGGAAUUGUGGGCGCAAGGCCAGCGAGACAUGCAGCGGUUGCAACGCGGCCCGCUACUGCGGCUCCUUCUGCCAGCACAAGGACUGGGAGAAGCACCACCAUGUGUGCGGACAGAGCCUGCAGGGCCCCGCGGCUGCCGUAGCCGAGCCUGUGUCCGGACAGUCCGACACUGCCACAGGCCUGGGCCCCUGCCUGCCCCCGGCCGCUGCCAGCCCCAGCGAGGCAGGCUCCACUGGGCCUUCCCGCCCUGGCUCUCCUGGCCCACCUGGCCCCCUGGACGCAGCGCCCCGCUGA